AUGGAUGAGAGUGACGUCAUCAUAUCAUCUACGGAAAUCAUUAAAGACAGAUUAUACUUUGCCACGCUAAAAACUGGUUACAAGCCUAAACCAACUCGUAACAGCAAAUACUUCCAUAUUGAAGAUGAGAUCGUCUACGAGAACUUCUAUUUUGACUUUGGGCCAUACCAUCUGUGUCACCUCUACCAGUUCUGUAACAAGCUCACAGAGGAACUGGAGAAGAACCCCAAGAAGAAGAUUGUUUUCUACACCAGCAAUAAUGAAACUCUUAGACUCAAUGCCGCCUAUCUUAUCGGGAGUUAUCAGAUAAUUCACUUGAAUUCAAGCUCGGCUGCAGUGUACAAACAGCUCACAGACGGCUCCGAUUGGUCACUCCUCAACUUUCGCGACGCAUCAGGCGGGCCUCCACUCUUCGAUAUAUCACUGCUGGAUGUAUUACAUGGCAUUAAGGUGGCGCAUGAUGCCAGGUUCUUUGAUUUCGAUCACUUUGAUGCGGAGCAGUAUUUGUUUUAUGAAAAAGUAGAAAACGGAGACCUCAACUGGAUAAUCCCUGGAAAAAUGCUCGCGUUUUCUGGUCCUCAUCAUCGAUCGCGUUUGGACCGCGGCUAUCCCCUCCACAGUCCCGAACACUACCACCAGUACUUCAGAACUCACCGAGUCACCACUAUAGUCCGACUGAACAAGAAAUCUUACGAUGCGAGGCAGUUCACAUCACAUGGGUUUGAACACAGAGAGCUUUUCUUCGUGGAUGGUUCGGUACCAUCGGAUCUGAUCGUCAAUAGGUUUAUAAGGAUAUCUGAAGCGGCGAAAGGCGCGGUCGCUGUCCAUUGCAAAGCUGGCCUUGGUCGUACAGGAACUUUGAUAGCCUGCUACCUGAUGAAGCACCACGGAUUUACUGCGCGAGAGUCAAUUGCGUGGCUACGCAUUUGUAGACCUGGCUCUGUCAUUGGACACCAACAGUGGUUCUUAGAAAAUGUCCAGCCUCGCAUGCACGCAGAAGGUGAUGCGUACCGUCGCCGUCACAACAUCACAUCACUGCCGGUGUUCGAGCGCGGGAUCUACUGGGACGAGCCGCCCGAGCCCGAAACACCCCCUACGAUUGAGAAGCCAGUAUCGCUGCACUCCAUACUCAAUAGCAACAAGAAUGCCACAAAUAAGCUGGAUAACGCAAAUGCUUUGAACGCUAACGAGACUGAUUCGGAAAACAACAUAACAACUGUCAUCGGCAAAUACAAAACAACUCCCACGCCCAUGUUGCCCACAAAGACAGUGUUCGCCCCUAAACUGAACUACAUGAUGCCUACGAACAAUAUCCGUAAUUCUAAUAACACAAAUUUAAAACAAGCGCCCCGCGUUAUUAACACAACGCUAAAAUCGCAUUAUGCCUCAAAGACUUCCACUUUCCCGCCAACUAGAAGUGCCAACUCACAAGCCAACAAGUUGACGAGUAGUGUCAAACCCUUCACCGGGAAGAAUAGUUUUCACGGUCAGCGAGCCAACCUGGCUCGGCCGGCCCUAGGAUACACCCAUGGAGCAAGCCCCUUAAAAACAUUCGCGAGAAAGACUGUCACUGUCAGCAAAAUCAGUAACAACGACAGUGCCGUGGUCACUACACUGAAUAACGUAACAUCGACGCUAUCAGCGUUAACAGAGAAUUGUCAUUUGAAUGGAAAAAAUCGUUUGUCUUCAGAGCCUAAUCUAAAAUCAGUCGUACAAGCCAAACAGACAAACACAAACCUAAAUGCGCGGAAGAAAUUAAUCGUCAGAUCGAAUUCCACUUCACGUAAAAAGCUGCCAAAAUCUAACCUCCCUAAAACUGGUUUGGAAACCAGCCAAGAAUUAUCUUCGAGUGAUACGAACGUUACCAACAUUUCUGCUGACUCACUAGACACGCCUUUCCGUUUUAGACGGAAACGUGACAAGUCUAAUAGCCCAGAACCCAUGGACUGUAUUACCAAUUCCGUGAUCACCGCAGAUGUAACCCCAGAUAAUUUUGAGGAAUCGAAUAAUUCUCAAGGCAACAAACUGUACAAGAUUAAGGCGUUGAGGAAGAAAUGUCCUGCGUUCGGUGUGAGUUUGCUAAAGAAAGAUGGCGUACAGACCCGGUCAAGUAGCUGCGCCAGCAGUUCAACUGUCAAAAAGAAAUGA